CUAUUGUUUAUAUUUUUCCCUUUUCCACACGUCAUCGUAAUUUUUGGUGUUAUAUUUAUGGUGGUAGGGUGAUAAUCACUGAUUACCAGAGCCAUGUCUCUAGGCGAAGAGUCUCAAGACAUUCAGGUUCCAAAUGAGCCGGUGAAGCAUCCGAAUCUUGUAAAUGAAACACCCGAAACUCUGGUUUCUGGAUUCAAUAUCGUUACUGAAAUUAUUGUGUCAUAUGGGUGGUACAUUUUGUUAGCUGUGGCAGCGUUGUUUUACCUACGACACAAGUUUCAGCCACAGAUCUCGCAAUGGCAGAAGGAAAAGAGUGACCGGGAUUAUUAUAUAAAAUAUGAUACAAAGACUGCUCUUAAACGUCAAGAAGGGCGGGAAAGGGCUCUGAUGAGAAUGCAGGAGGAGAAUGAUAGGAAAGCAAAGGAAAUUGCUGAGAAACAAAAACAGAAAGAAGAGCAGAAAAGGUUGGAGCAAGUAGAAGAGUGGGAAAAUCAUAAAGAGGGAAAAUCAUACCGGUCCAAGCUAUACAGACCUAAAGAAGAAGAAUCUACCAAAGCAAGUACAGCUAAGAAGUCAAAACCUAAAACAACGUUCAGACCAACUGAUUUCAAUCCUUUAAUGGGUGGUGCUGGCGGAGGUUAUCGACCAUCAUCGCGCUUCAACAGAAGUGGAGGUGGAUGAGGUUAAAGAUCGUAUGCAAGCUUAAGUAACCAUGCAAAAUGGAUUCACUGUGUUAUUUCCGUAUUCCACAUUGUACAUUCCCAGCCAUGAGUGGUCUUGCAUGGAAGACUUGCAUACCUUUAAAUAAUGAAGCACCUGAAAGAAUUCUAUUGUAACAUUUUUGUUUUUAUUGAACUUAUGUAAAUUAAUAGUUAAAAUAAAUAUCAAUCUGCUCCCAUGGAAAUGCAAUAGUCAUUUCGAUUGUUUUACUUUGUUAGGUGCUUCAUAAUGUUUUCGGUAAGUUGACUCAAUUUUCUCCUCACAAAAAUUGAUUUUCCUUAAAAUCUACAAAAUAAAUAAAUAAAUAAAAAAAACUUGUUUUAAUAAUUUCUCUUACUGUAUUAUUAUUUGUGUUGUUAUUAUAUUGUUGUUCGUAAUACCAUAGGCACAACUUUCAUUGAUAUUUAUUUUUGUAAUGUCUUUUAUUUCCUAUGAAAUGCAUUGUACAUUAAUUUUCAUUGUUAAUGUACUGUAUAGUUUUAUGUAAAAGGUUGAUUUUAGUGAUUUAUAAUACUAAUAUCAGAUUUAACAAUAAAAAUAUUAAUUGUAUACUGGGCUAAUUUAAAGACUAUAUAAUAAGGAUAGUGUUGCAAUUUUAAAUUAAUAUAUGAGGCCAGCCAUCCCAAAAUCAGCAUACUGUCACUAAUUGUUGAACUGAGUAAUUAGCAUAAGACUGUGGCUGUAUUGUAUACUUUAGCACAGAGAAGUUGUUAAUACUUUUACUUUGGCAGUAAUAAGUUGAUUCCAGUGAAUGACCUAUCAUUUUAAAGCUUGUAAUGUGGAGAAUAUAUUAAAAGGUCAAUUUUCUUGUUUUGGUAUGACAAGCCCCAUAUAUAAAUAAGAGUUAACAUAUAAUUUUCUUGAUUUUGAUGUUUCUUGUUUUUGAGUUAAUACAUAAUUAUUGAGGAAACAAAUUUUGUAAGGAGAAAAUUUUAGUCUGAAUGACAUGUAAUGUGUAAAUAGGUGUAGCUAUCAUAUUACAUUGAUAAACAACUUACCAGAAACAAAAUAAAAUUAUUAUUUAUAUCAAUAUAUAUUGCUGUUGUAAUUUUGUUUGUAAGUGUAUAAUUGUUUCACAUACACUCACUGUAUGUUUCUAAUUCAAUUCAUGUUAUUGCUAUGAGAGCUAUCUUGAGCUACAUAUCCGCUAACACAAUCACUUUAGAAGAUAUUAAACAAAGACAAAAAUA